ACAGAUCCUUGCCAUCAAUCCUACUUUUUUCCUUUCUCUCCUUUUCUUAAAUCUAGGGUGUUCCGAGCUUGGUUCUUUUUAAAGUUUCUUCUCUUCUCCACACACACGAUCGUACGCAUACACAAGUGUAUAGACAACCGAACAAAAGGAGAGAACAAGGUGCCAAAGUUAUUUUUUGCGCCUUUUCGUCUCCUAACAAAAAAAAAAAUCCCACCGUGUUGUUCGAGAGAAUACACCCAAAGGUUACUGUAAGGGAUACAAAAAGAAAAGAAACCAAGAAUGCUCGAGCCCGAUCUACUUUUUUCCCUGUUGUUGUUGUUGUUGUUUUCCCCCUAAUCUAUUUGAUUCAAAUCUUGAAAGAACACACACACGCAAUGAAUGUCUUGAGACUUAACCCGUUUAUUGGUCUUUUUUUAGAAUCUGUCGACACACUUGCUGUAAAGCUCGGUGAUCUCACUACAUCAAAACCUACAGAUUCCGAACAGCCUGAGAAUCAGAAAUCUGCCUCUCCGGUUCAAACUACUAAGCCUGCCUCUCCGGCUCAAACUACUACUACUACUACGAACGACAAGCCCGCUGAUGGAUCAACUGAGCAAUCCAAAGAGCAAUCCAAAGAUGAAGAAUCGAAUUUGAUCAAGAGCACACACACGGUCCAGGUCAAGUUAGCAGAUCAGCAGGCCGACCCCAACUCGCCACUUUAUUCCGUCAAAUCGUUUGAGGAGUUAGGACUGAGCCCAGAGUUGCUCAAAGGCCUCUAUGCCAUGAAAUUCUCUAAACCAUCCAAGAUUCAGGAACGCGCUCUACCAUUGCUCAUUGCUAACCCACCGCGAAAUAUGAUCGGCCAGUCGCAGAGUGGAACGGGCAAAACGGCAGCUUUUGUACUGACGAUGCUUACGCGAGUCAACGAAGCGAUCAACCAACCCCAAGCGAUCUGUCUCGCACCUUCACGUGAAUUAGCGCGCCAAAUCCUCGACGUUGUGCAGGAAAUGUCAAAGUUCACCAAACUCACGAGCGUGCUUGCGGUCAAGGACUCACUUCCCAAGGGCCGUCCCGUGCACCAGCAGAUUGUGGUUGGCACGCCGGGCACUGUGCAAGAAGUGAUCCGACGACGUCUUUUGCUGACGAACCAGGUCAAGAUCUUUGUAUUGGACGAAGCUGACAACAUGUUGGAUCAAGCUGGCUUGGGCGACCAAAGUAUCCGUAUCAAGGGAGCCAUCCAGAACAGGGAUUUCCAGGUCGUGCUGUUCUCUGCCACCUUCCCCGACCAUGUCCGCAGAUUUGCCACCCGCUUUGCACCAUCGGCCAACGAGAUUUCACUCAAGCGUGAAGAGUUGUCUGUGGACUUGAUUAAGCAGUUUUACAUGGAUUGCGAUAACCAGGAGCACAAGUACGAUGUGCUGUGCAACUUGUACGACAUCUUGACGGUGAGUCAAAGCAUCAUCUUUUGUGCCAAGCGUGACACGGCCGACGAGAUUGCGAAGCGCAUGUCAGGCAUGGGCCAUGCUGUGGUGGCUCUGCACGGCAAAAUGACGCCAGAAGAACGUGACAGGGUGAUGGACGAUUUCCGACGGGGCGAGUUCAAGGUGCUCAUUACGACCAACGUGUUGGCUCGUGGCAUUGAUAUCUUACAAGUGACGUUGGUCAUCAACUAUGACCUGCCCCUGGAUCAGCGUGGCCAGCCGGACUAUGAAGCAUACCUUCACAGAAUCGGUCGCACGGGUCGAUUCGGCCGCACGGGCGUCAGCGUCAACUUUGUACAUGAUAAGAAAAGCUGGGAGCUGAUGCAUCAGAUCGAGACGCAUUUCCAGCGAGAAAUCACCAGAAUACCGACAGAGGAUUGGGAAGAAGUCGAAAAGCGAUUCAAGAGUGUUCUAUAAUUGCAAUAUAUAAUUUGUACCGCCUUUUAUUUCCCCUCCCCCUCUCCCUUUCCAAUUACACUUACACAUAAC